UGCCGGGUGCACAAGAUGAAUCCCAAAAUCCAGGAAAAUUUAGCACCGCCUAAUGAAAUACGAGUAUUUAGUUCCAGAAAAAGACCAUGUAAUCGUUUGCCCACACCAUCAAAGGCUGCAAAGUCGGGACUGUCGACGCUUGUUGCUAGAGUCUUCGGUCGUAACAGCAUUCAGAAAAAAACUGGCCCAAAUAAAUCACCAAACUGUGAAUCGCCUCAAGACAGCAAAAACAAGAUUGCAAGAAUCGAGGCAACAACGCCUAAUGCCACAAUAGCUAGUUCUAGUACAGAGAAAAUGCCAAGGCCCAUUAAUGAUUCUCUCCACGGAAAACCAAUGAAUAAGCCUGCAAAGAAAAAAAAGUCAAAAGCUAAAAAGUCAAAGGGCGCAAAGAAAAAUCAGAAAAAUCCCAAUGUUGAUGGUCUCAUAAGAGUGGGUAUUGUAGAUGCUCAGAGGCCGAUGGCUGCUGAUGGUAUAACACUACUCAAUGAUGCCGGACCAAGAAGUGAAUCGCUCAAAACGCCAAACGAGAUUCCAAAAAUAGAACCAACAACGCCUACUGCCACACCACUUGUACCAUCCAGUACUGAAGAAAUGACAAAACCCAUUAGUGAUUCUACUCAAGAAAGGCCAAACCAGAUUCCAAAGAUAGAUGAAACAGCAUCUUAUAACACAUUAGUUGGUUCAUCUAAUAUUGAUCAACUGCCACAACCCAUAAGUCAUUCGUUCCAAGAAAGACCAAGGAGCGAAUCGCCUCAAGAAAGGCCAAACCAGAUUCCAAAGAUAUCAGAAACAGCAUCUAAUGACACACUAGUUGGUCCAUCUAAUACUGAUCAACUGCCACAACCCAUAAGUCAUUCGUCCGAAGAAAGACCAAUAAGCGAAUCGCCUCAAGAAAGGCCAAACCAGAUUCCAAAGAUAUCAGAAACAGCAUCUAAUGACACACUGGUUGGUCCAUCUAAUACUGAUCAACUGCCACAACCCAUAAGUCAUUCGUCCGAAGAAAGACCAACAAGCGAAUCGCCUCAAGAAAGGCCACACAAUAUUUCAAAGAUAGAAGACACAAUACCUACUGACAUAUUAGUUGGUUUAUCUAAUAUUGAUCAACUGCCACUACCCAUAAGUCAUUUGUCCCAAGAAAGACCAAGAAGUGAAUCGCCUCAAGAAAGGCCACACAAGAUUCCAAAGACAGAAGCGACAACCCCACUUCCAAGGGAUCCAACCAGUUCUGGUGAACUACCAAGAUCUGUAACUGAUUCUCUAAAACGACCAAGACUAAGUGAAUCGCCUGAAGACAAGCCAAACAAGAUUCCAAAGAUAGAAACAAUAACUCCUGAUAUUCCUACAGAGGAAAUGCCGAGACCUAUGAAUUCCAUCCAAGUAAAGCCAAUAUUGAUAAAGAUUGAAGAAAAAAUGGCCAAAAGGAAAAGGGCUAAGAAAAAGCUGAAAAAUCCCCAUAUUCCUAAAGAUGACAGUCUCAUAAGAGUGGGAAUUAAAGAUGCUCACAGACCCAUGUCUCGUAAUGAAAUGGAACUUCUCAAAGAAGCCAUCCUUAGGGGUAUAGACUCGAGUCCCAGUGGCGAAGGACCCAACUUCCUAGGUUACACUAUCAAACCUGGAUGGCUUCUUGUGUAUUGCGUCAAUAAUGCAUCCAGGAAUUGGCUUGAAAAUCUAGUGGGAUCACUUGAACUUUGGGAAGGCGCCUCGCUCAGCGUAAUAGGCAAGAAACAUUUCCCGAAACCUGCGAUUGCAUUGGCUUGGAUUCCAGAUAAAAAAAUAGAUCCGAACACCUUAAUACACCGAUUAGAUGCCCAAAAUGGUGACGUGGGCUGCAGCCAUUGGAGAGUGUAUCACAGGAAGCCAGCUGGUAAAGGCCAGUUUAUUUGCUUUGCACUAGAUCCUUCAUCAUUACAAGUUCUUUGGAAGCGUGACUAUAAGUUGUUUUUUAAUUUUAAAACUAUACAGUUAAAGAUCAAAUGUAAGAAAUCAAAUUUUCGAUAGAGAAUGCGCACGGUGCCCAUGGCUACGCGGGGCCAUCCAACUUAAACCUUGAUUAUAGUUUACGCCAAUGUUAAUCUUCUUUCCUCCCUUUAUCAUGUCUCUCCUACUUGAUUUCAUAAGAUUAUAUAAGUAAAAUGAUAUUAUAUACGUUACACUGGGUUUAUAUUUUAUAUCGCGACAGUACAUUAAAUAUAUAACCAUGUUCUAUUGAAAAGAACCCAUUAGAUGUAAACUAAAAUAAGUGUUUAAGUUCCAUAUAGGUGCUGAUACCAGCAGACAUCUAAUUUGAUUUUAAGUUAUACCUUUCAUUUUCUUAUCUGCCGAAAAGAAAAGGGACCCGUCCUUUUCCGAAUCCAUAUUAAUUUUAGGCGGAAAUCUUAAGACUUAAGACAACCUCUCUAACUUUUACAUAGGCGUAUAACCCGACAGAAUUAAGUUGAAAACCCACGUCAAAUAUACCAGCGAGAUACCGAUUUGAUUCGCCCGGGUUAUUCAUUCGUUCCUUUUAAUAUUAACAUUUCUCAAUCAUCCUGCCUUUUCCUUUUCGGCGGAUAAAACGAUAGGCAUAACUUUAAAUAAAAUUAAAAGGUUACUGCAGGAAUAUGUACCUUAAAGAUCAAAGUAACCCUGAUAACGUCAUAGAUACGUUGAUUAAUCAAAAUAUUUGUUUUUUUUUUUAACUUUACGUUACUGUAUUAAGUAAGCAAAAAGGCUGUGUACAUAACAUAAGCGAAUUUUGUAAUAAAUCGUUUGUUAGUGUAAACUUUAAUACCACCUUUCAUUUGUCUACGUGCUCACAAUUUCCCUUCACGACAAAAUGCAAAAUACUAUUUUUAGACUUGAUAAUUGGGUAGUUUCUUAGGUCAAAGAUAAAUUAUAAAAUUCUCAUUACUAAAUAAAAACAGCUCUAAAGGUGACAAAAAACGUUUUCUUUUUUCUAAUUCACUUAUUUAUGAAUUUUAAUAAAGUAAAAUGCGACAUUUUGUCACGUUUUUCUAUGCCAUCAUAUGGUGCUUUUUCAUACAAAUUGCAUAGUAAUUACGUGUUUUUAAAAAGUAACUGAUUUGAUUAGUUGGAAACUAACCUAUUAUAAUGAAUGCUGAUAAUUAUGACCGAUGAAAAUAGCUUGUACCAGUGAACGCUAAUGGGUAGAUCUUUGAACACCGAUCGUGAGUCCAACGCUCAACCACUGGACCACGG